UUUAAGUACAAUAACAACUGUAUGCUAUUUACUUAUUUACUUAUUAUAUUAUUACAAGUCAUUUGUGUAUACUUGCGGAAGGUCAGAACAUUUCGCAAAGGAAAGAGAAACUCGUAUAUUCAUAAUAUAAUGCUUGAUACACGUAGAUACGAAAUCAAGUUAUAUUUAAUCUGCGUUUGGGAUAAAACUCAUAAAUUUCAUUUUAUUUAACCACUACGAUGUAUAAAAAGGCAAAUAAAGUGAUUAGUACUCCCAUUGAAAGUGAAUUUCCAAAUAGUUCAUUGUCGAUUUCGGACAUAAAGGAAAACUCGUCGGAUGGUGUAAAGCAAGUAAAUACAACUGGUAUUAAAAGAAUUGCAUCUAAUAAUAUUACUAACAAAAAGAAAAUCAAACGUAAACGAAAAGUUAGAAAAUUGUAUAAGAGAGCUGCAGAUUAUAAUAAAAAAGGAAGAAAAUUAAUCGUAUCGGAAACCUCCGAUAGCGAAUGGGAAAUAAGAUCUACAGACACUAAUUCGAAUAAAAAAGAUUUAUCGAAAUUAUUACAAACGAAAGAUACAAAUAUACAAGAUCAACAAGAAAUUCCAUAUAAAUUAUACGAAACUCCGGAACGUAUACGUGAUGCUAAAUAUGACGAUCAUAAUGAUUUCUUACUCUCACCAACUUUAUUUUCUCUAAGAUCAAAUAAUAAUUUUCCGAUUAAAGAUAUCGUCGAUAAAGAAGAUGAUCUAGUGUUUUUGGAUCAAGAUAAAGAAGAAAUUGAUCAUAUCUCUCCUAUUUUCGUGAGAUCGAAUCAUGUUAAAACGUAUCCAUCGAGGAGGCAAAAAACAUCGACGAAAAAAUUAUUAGAAAAUAAAGAAAAUGGAAAUUGGCUCCUAGAUGUUCGAAUACCAACGAAUAGUGCCGAUUUAUUAUGGGAUAAAUAUAUAAAAGAGCAUUCCGAUGAAUUCUCUCAACAUUUUCGAUCUAGCGAUAUCUAUAAAACUGAUACAGAAAAGGUUGAUACACAAAGUGACACUGAUAUCAGCGACAUUUUGAAUAUGCUUGAUGGACAGAGAUUGAAAUUAUUGAAAUCCAAAGAAUUGUCUAGAAUCAAGGGAAGUUUCAAUAAAAGAACAGGUUUGUUGAAAACAAACAAUGAUAAGAUUAUUUACAUAUCGGACAAUGAAAAUGAUUUGAAAUCCUAUAAAUCAAAAUGGCGAAGGGGAAAAUGGAUUAAGAAAAAGGAAAAAUUUAUUUACAGUUCAAGUGAUAGUACGGAUUGUGAAAUACAAAAAAAAAAUGGUAAAUUAAUAUCAUUCAACAAAUUUAAUACGAAGCUUAAAAUGAAUAAAUUUAAUUAUAAGAGAUCUCUUUCGUCUCGAAAUAAAAACGACGCAUGUGCUUGCUUAUCUUCAUUGUCCACAAUGUCAAAAGACAACCCUAAAGUUAAAAUUAAAUCGAUUGUGUCUUUAAAGUCCAUACAUUACAAAAAACAAUCAAGCGGUAAUUAUUAUAUUACGACUAUGGAGUCUUCAUCAUCGUAAAAUCAAAAUUUAUUUAUAUUUAUUUCUCUUUAUCUGUUCUACUUAUUAUUUAUAUUUCUUUAUUUAUGUUCCCUUAUUAUUAUAUUAUACUUAUAUACAUUAAAUGUAUCACAAGUAUCGUAAUAUAUCAAAUAAUGCCUGUAUGUCAAUGAAUCGAGGAAGAUU